AUGGCUUUCAUGUCUACACUUUUCGGAUGUGGCCCUCUGACACAUGUCGUCCGCCUCAAACGACGCCAGGACCUCGGACACUAUUCAUCGCUUGCUGUUGCCAUAACGUUGCUAUUUCUGCUGCCCAUCAACAUCAACCAUAUCACACCGUCAACAAGUGUACACGAUUCAUUGGCGAGCCAUAUCAUCUUAUUGAAUAGGUUCAAGCUCAAGCAGACACCAAGAACUUUAGAAGCCAGUCAUAGCAGGACCGGCCCAUCCUCCAAUGUGUGA